CGGUGGCACGCUUGACAACGACUCAAACCAAAGCAGCAAACGACACCGUUCUUUUGCAGUUAACCCAAUCCCAAUCCCAAUCCGAAUCCCCACCCCCUCGGCGUACUUUAGCCGAUUCCGGUCCUCACAAAUUCUAAGGAGAGAUUAAAAAUCUACAGAGAGUGGAAGAGGUCCUAGUAGAGUGAGAACUGAGAAUCCAUUUAUUCUUCUGCUCAUCGUUUUGGAAUUUGAAAAUAUUUUGUUGGAGGUUUGACUUUGUUGACUGAUUGAUUGAUAGAUUGAUGGAUCAUCAAUCAAACGGCUGAAAAAGGGAGUGUGAGAAAUGAGAAGGUCGAUGUGGAAUUUAUGGUUGCUUCACUUGGCAUUAACAAAGUGACACCGACUUUUAAAGUAGCCGAGGUCCUUGAUUUCGAACGUUAGAUUGAAAGGUUGUCUGUCUCUAAUUGAGAUAUCAUACUUGGUGCCAUGGGUGUCUCAGGAAAAUGGAUCAAAGCACUAGUUGGCUUGAAGAAAUCUGAAAAGUCACAAUCUUCAGAGAAGGAAGAAAACGGGGCAGCUGCUAGCAAAUUUCGUCAGCGAAGAAAUCAUUCUGUUGAGUUUGACACAGAUAAAUUUCAAGAAGAGUUGGACCAGAAUGCUGCUUCACCAGCCAGAGAUGCUAAUACUCAUGCAACCGCAGAUGCGUCUGGCUCCCCCUCUGGUUCACUUGAAGUGCAUGAUACAUCUCUUAAUGAACAUGCAAGGGAAGAAUGGGCUGCCACAAGGAUACAAACAGCUUUCCGAGGAUUUCUGGCUAGAAGAGCACUGCGAGCAUUAAAAGGAUUGGUAAGAUUGCAGGCCCUUGUCAGGGGUCAUGCUGUAAGAAAACAAGCUGCAAUUACUCUUCGCUGCAUGCAAGCUUUGGUGAGAGUUCAGGCUCGUGUAAGAGCAAGGCGUGUUCGACUGGCAUUAGAAAGUCAAACUGCCCAACAGAAACUUCAGCAACAACUUGCAAAUGAGGCUCGUGUUAAAGAAAUAGAGGAAGGGUGGUGCGAUAGUAGAGGAUCUGUUGAAGAAAUUCAAGCCAAGUUACUCAAGAGGCAGGAGGCUGCAGCCAAACGUGAAAGAGCCAUGGCAUAUGCUCUGGCUCAUCAGUGGCAAGCAGGAUCAAGACAGCCGUCCGUGCCUGCUGGGUUUGAACCAGAUAAAAGCAGCUGGGGUUGGAACUGGUUGGAGAGAUGGAUGGCUGUACGUCCAUGGGAGAAUCGUUUUCUUGACAUUAAUCUUCGAGAUGGAGUAAUGAUACGCGAGGAUGGUUCUGCAGAGGGAAAGAAUGGUGUCAAUUCUCAGAUAAAGCCUGCUAUCAAGAAACCAGCUGCGUUGAAUCUUCAUGCUAACCUAUCAAGUCAAAAAACAGGUCCAUCAUAUUCCAAUGGGAGUGAUUCUCCAUCUGGUAAGUCAGCAAGUGUGCUAGAAGCGGUCAAUGCAUUGUCUUCCAAGCCAAAAUCCAAACCAAAUCUUGAAGAUUUGGGUGAAGAAGCUGGCUCAAGACCUGUUAUUAGUUCAAGAUCUCACAGCAAUCCUAAAGAGAGGGCCACACAAUCAGAUAAACAGGCAAAGAAGCGGUUGUCUCUGCCUAACAGUGGAGUGAGUGGGUCUCAAACAAAGCCUGGCAGAAGUGGUGCAAAAGUGACACAAGGCUCUCACAAGCAGAUGAAGGAAAGGUCCAAGUUUAAUGGACGAGGGAACCCAAAUCCUACAAAAGCUGUGGCACAGGCUGUUGAGCUGUAAGGAAGUAUUUGAUUGAAGACAAGCCCUGUUGGGGCUCCAGUGUUUUAGUGUGUAUGUAUAUAUGGAAUUACAGCGCCAAGAUGCAACAGCAUUGUUUAUUAUCCUGUCAUGGAAUUGAGGAGUGGGUAAGCCGUGGUGGGAGUAGUUUGCGCUCCAUGGCAAAGUCGAGGAGAUUGAUUUGACUUGUCAGGGGAAUAAGAUGCGUAGAGAUUUCAUGUGUCGAUGGUGUAAUCAGCUGUAAUUAAGGUUGUCAAUUAUGUGAUGACAUUGUAUUUAUUUCCAGAGAAGAUGCCCUUUGUUUUGCUGUCC